AUGUGUCAUUGAUUAGCUAAUCUUUCAGUCAAACGGACCGGACACUUCGGAGAAGUUUUCAAAAUUCAAAAUGUCAGCGUUAUGUGAACAGUAAAUGCUAGCGCUGUCUUUACCUACGACGAAACACCACAUGUCAUAUUAGCGACGGCAGCAGGGGAACCAGCAGCUGAUCCUCCUCCCGGUGACAGUGAAGCAACACCUGACUGGAACAGCCUGUUCUCUCAGAGAUCAUGGACGCGCUGGUUCAGUUCACGAACCAAAGCCAAGGGAAGGACCGCAUAUUCAGGGCGACCCAGUAUGCGUGUGCGCUGUCGGUGUAUCUGCUGCGGAGCAGCGACCGGAGAGACGUCGCUGCCAAACUCAAGAGUCUGGAGAACAGCAUGAGCACGGGGCGGAAAUUGCUCAGGCUGGGGAACACUGUGAAUGCCAUUGAUGCUGCCAAGCGAACCGUGCGGCUCUCGGACAGAGUGCUGUGCCUGUGCCUCACCCUGGCCAACGCCAACCGCGCCCUCUACUUUAUCUGCGAUAACCUACUUUGGGCCAGAAGCGUCGGCCUUAUCCGCCACGUCGACAAGGAGCGCUUGAACUUGAACGCCUCACGCUUCUACUUCUACUCCUUAGUGAUGAAUCUGACCAGAGAUCUCUAUGCGGUUCUCCAGCUGAUGAUGCAGAAGGGUAGAGAUGCACACUUGAAGGAGAAAAUGGACCGGCAUCUCAACGAGAGCCCCGAAGUGGCCGAAGUCAUCGUUCCUCAGCUGGACGCCUUUGUUUUCCUGCUUAUAGAAUCCCUGAAAUCCCACCCUGCCGUUGCCUUGGACACCGUGAAAAACAUCUGCGAUCUCUUCAUUCCGCUCGACAAGUUGGGCUUUUACAAAUCAAACGCAGGAGUGACUGGAUUUUGCGGGCUGAUGUCAUCCCUGAUCAGCAUCCUGACGCUCGCGCGGCCCGGUUUAAGGCUCAAACCGUGAUAACAGGUGGAGCUCAACCUCGGGUUGAUCUUAGUGUUCAAAAUCUUCUAGAAGGAUGAAACUAUUCUGUAGCAGAAUAUUCAUCUGGUGUAUAACAAGGGGAACAAAUCAAAAUAACUAACAGUUUCUGAUUUUUCACAUCCAAGAAUAGAGCUUUUUGCAUUCUGGUCUGUAGUUUUAUAACUAAUAUUAAUAAUGUUUCUACUGUUCAAAUACGGGUUCUUUGGUGCUUCUGCAAAAGUUUAGUGUCAGUGUGGGUCUGCUGCGUCAGAAAGAGCAACACUGCCCUCUUGAGGACACGAGGCUGAAUUGAAGAGCUUUAUUUUCAAUUUCACUGAGACAGUAAAUACACUUAGUUUUGAAAGCUUUCCUCAAGAGGAUGACUAGGUACACCAUCCGCCAUCAGAAAAAUUGCAAAAAUAUAUAUUCCAUUUCCCUUUUUCACGACACUUUUGAGAUUGGCUGUGAAAAUAAUGAACAAACUAUGCAAAGUUGAAUCCCGUCAAAGAAUAAACAUACAAAGCAAUAAAUACAUUUUUGUUCCAAGUAGAUCAAAUAUGUAGUAGACGCAAAGUUUCGAUUUCACAUUUCCCAACUGGUGUGUUUUUUUCCAGUAUUAACAAACUGAUAAAGCACAGAAAAACGUGGACAUGGUUGGAUGGUCUGGACACUGAAAGUUGAAACAAAAACAUCCCCUUCCCUAAAUUAGAAAAAAAAACAAAAACAUUUUAACAGCACAAUCUUUUAAUUAGCGUCCAAUUAAAAACGUAUAAGGCCAAUUUUUCAAAACUGGAAAAAAAAAAUACUCUAAUUAAAUAAAUCAGUGCCAAUACAGUUUGUGCAUUUUUUACAAGGCAUCAUCAAAAAGAGAGACGCAAGACACACAAAGCACUUUUAAAAGUGGCAACAGUGUUAAACUACAGGUUUGUAAAUACUGCUGUGCCGAGUUUUGCUUGUCCCAGUAAACCGACGACGGUUACACCAUGAAUAACUGCUUUCUUAAUGAAAAGGCACCUUCAGUAGUAAGCUCCUGCUACGUUUAAAAAUAAUAUUAAUAAAAAAAGAACCAAGACGCGAGGGUUAGCACUUUAAAAGCCCCUUUCAUAAGAGUGGGGGGUUCCCAAAAAAGCAUUUACACGGUACAUAAACGGCACAUUUAUCUGAUUUAUCCGACAUUUUUCCCCAGGAAGUGUCACCUUUGAUGUUUGUUUAGUGGUAAAUGGGAAGCCCUCGACUUUAAAUACUUGUUUUACUUACUAAAAAAGGACUGGCUUAAAUAAUAGAUUACAACUGUUUUAAAACUAAUAAAUUAUUU